GAAUAUAAAACAAUAUUCACAUAAAUGUAUCACUCCUAUCCUUGCAGUGUUUUCCAUUCAACAAUGUUUAACAGCACAGCCAGACGUGAAUUGCGUAAAACUGACUCAGGCACAGCCAGCGAGUGUGUUGACAAAAAGCCAGAACAUGAUUGCUGCUGUGUCUUGACAUUCCAUAGAAAAUGUUACAAAACAGGCAAUGGGGAGGCGCUUGUAUUUUUAGACACCUAUAUACAAAAUAGUUUGAAAUGAAUGAUCAUUCUUCCUCUUUUAAAGCCCUGUACAUGCUGACCACACAGAGCCGGAGGGGUUGGAGGGAGAUUGUAUUUUAAGGAGUUAACUGAGGAGGACUGCCUAAUGUGAUGUGAUGCCUGUGGAGAGGGACACAUCUGUGCUCCUGAGGGAACUGAACCUCUGGUGCAAGAAUGUGUUGAAAAAUCUAUCCAUUGUGAUGCACUUUGGCAAUGUCAUCGCCAUGUCACAAAUUGCACAAGUCUUUACGGAUCACUGUUGGGAUCCUUUGCCUCGGUCCACUUCCAUCACUUUUUAGAGCAUAUUCAUGUCAGGAUCCACCAGCCUCCAUCUCUCUACUCUAGCAUAUUAGGUAAUCCCUCUGACCGUAUCUCUUCCUCCAUCCCUCUCUUCCUCCUGCUCAAAUCUCAUGUAUAGGGAGAGGAAAGAGACUCAUUCAAAUGCAAGCAGCAGACAUAAAUGUCACUCAGCAGGUGACAUCGGUGUCACAGAGAGGCUACAAAGCAUCAGAUAAUCCUGGAAUGUGUCACAGGUUGGAACACCCUGGGGUCUGUGGCUCUGUAGCAAGCAGCCGUGGGUGGAGCUUUUGUCAUGACAUCAUGUGAGGUAUAAGAGAGUGACAGAGCUCAGACACCUGCAGACAAGCAGCAGCAGCAGCAACAGCACGUUAGAAACACAGCUGUUACUGUAUGGAUAAUCUCUCUGCAGAGCUUCAUCCAUCUGCUAUCAACUAUGUCUACUCACACCAGCGUUCUUCUUCUCAUUACUCUUUGGGCUUCCAUAGAGGAUGGUUUAAGUCUUCCGGUGAUGAAACAGCCAGAAGUGGAGGCUGGUGACUGGGUCCCAGCACAGAGAGUGAGGACCAAGCGCUGCGCCUGCAGCAACCUGUUGGACUCUGAAUGCCACUACUUCUGCCACAUAGAUAUCAUCUGGAUCAACACGCCCAGUAAAACAAUAGUUUAUGGGCUAGGCAGCGCUUUGUCCCGACGCAGAAGGUCCACUGGCCGCUGCAGCUGUGCCAACCGUGACGAUCAAACCUGUACCAACUUCUGCCAUCACAGAGCUGCAGCCAGCAGUUCCAAGAGAGCUCAGGAUUCAGCUGAUUCAGACAGAGAUGAGUCCUCUCAGAGGAAGAGCACUCGCUGAACAAUGUGCCAGCUGAGGCGGCGAGAGUGAGAGAAAGAGAGCAGCGAGCACCUGAACAAAUGACACUCCUUUGAUAGAUAGGGGGAACAAAGGGCUGCUGAAAGAUGUUGUCGGACGCAGGAAGGCCUGAAGCGCCGCUAAGAUGUCUGUUUGUACCCGGGAAUAGAGGGUGGAAAACGUGACAGAGUUCUGCAAACACAUCAUGGAAAAUGAUGUGGAAGAUCAGCACUGAGAGGAGCUACUAUCGUGUUAAGAGAACGCUGUGCCUGCAGUCAUGUUUGACUCUGGCCGUCUGCUCUGUAAGGUUGUCUGUGUGUCACUAUACAGACAGGCCAGGCCAGCACUGAUAUAGAAGGAUGUACCAGAGGAAAAUGGAUUUGUAUACUGUACAUACAUGUUCAGGAAUGUCUCACAUACAUUGCAUGUUUUUACUCAUUCUUUUGUAAAAUGUCAAAUAAAUGUUUUCAUUUUACAAUUGUAGAAUUACUUUUGUUAUGAGUGAUUUUGUGAUGUUAAAAAGGUUUAUUAUAUAUAUAUUAUAUACUACUAAUAA